AUGAAACUUUUUUACAACCCUUUCCCCAUAUUUUGGUUAUUUGGACUUAUAAAUAAUGUGUUAUAUGUAGUGAUUUUAUCUGCUGCUGUAGAUUUGGUAAAUCUAACAACACCAAAGUCUUUAAUUCUAUUAGUGGAUAUACUACCGUCACUGUUGGUGAAACUUGUUUGUCCCUUUUAUAUCCACAAAAUACAAUAUGGUGUCAGAAUUAUAAUUCUUAUAUUAUUAAGUGUCAUCGGUAUGAUGAUGGUUUCAGUCCAUUAUACUCUUACAUGGACAUUAUUGGGUAUUAUCUUGGCUUCAAUGUCUUCUGGAUUUGGUGAAGUGACUUUUUUACAGUUAACACAUUAUCAGACUGAGACGUACACUCUUUUAAGUGAUGAAAAUGAAGACAACAAUAGUAAGAAGGCUUUGAAUGGUUGGUCUUCAGGUACAGGUGGGGCUGGGUUAGUUGGUUCCUUCUGCUAUUUAUUUUUGACUUCAAUAUGUAAUAUAUCAAUACCUGCCUCUCUAUUAUGUUUUGCAGUUUUACCUAUUGGAUUUUUACUUUAUUUUCAACUCAAUUUGGAACCACAAUCGUCUGUGAAUUUAUCUAAUAUGUCUACAAAUCAAUGGAUAGUAAAUAAUUUUAGUGUUUGGUCACGAUUGAAAAUGCUAAUCAUACCAUAUAUGUUACCCUUAACUUCAGUGUAUUUCUUUGAGUAUUUAAUUAACCAAUCGAUUUCACCAACUUUGCUAUUCCCAGUAGAAGUAAUCCCAUUUUUUCAUAGGUAUAGGGAUUUGUAUGUCCUUUAUAGUACCUUAUAUCAAGUCGGUGUUUUCAUUGCAAGAUCAUCAGGUAGGUGGAUAAGAUUAAAAAAAUUAUAUACAUUGACAUAUCUACAAAGUUUAAAUUUCAUAAUAACGUUAUUACAAUCUUGGUAUUUUAUAAAUUCAAGAUGGCCGUAUUUAAAUAUGUUAGUGAUCUUUUGGGAAGGUUUACUCGGUGGGUCAUCCUAUGUUAACACUUUUCUAAAUGUUCAGGAUGAUUUACCUCAUGAACAAAUUGAAUUCUCUAUGGGCUCAGUCUCAAUUGCUGAUUCACUAGGCAUAUUUUUAGCUUCCUUAGUAGGACUACUGCUAGAGCCAACUCUCUGUGACCACCAGGUUCAAGAUGGAAGACCAUGGUGUAGAAUGGUGGAGAAGUAG